AAUUACAUAAAUUAUAUACUAUAAUUAAUUACUAAAGAAAUUACGUAUAGUGAUGUUCUUUCGAGAUUGCUCAGCUGGUAAGGAACCAGUGGCCCCUAGUGAUCCCUUCCAUGGUUUUCACCAUGUGCUGUUCGACCUCCUUCGGGUUGAAGGAGGAAUGUCUUGUUUACAAACAAAGAUGCAAAUAUUUACAAGCACGUAAAUAAAAACACAAUCUAUAGUAUACAGGACAUGUCUAAAUCUAAACACGACUCUUCAUCUGCUGUCGCUGCCUGCCUUGAGGGCCAUUUCGGACUCAAACGUACGCGUCCCGCACCGUCUAGCACCGCAUCGACCUCUCAAUGGGAUGCCACGCGAGCAAAGUGCAAGAUGAGACCUGCGUGACAUGGAAGGACACGCAUGGCUUUGUUUCAAGGGAGUCCUCUGUGGAGGGUCCAUCACCACGCUUGAGUUUUCGCUCCAUGGAUGGGGUGCGCAUCUACCGAGAGGGGGACGCGCCGCUCCCGCCGAUGAGAAGCACUCACCAACGGCAUCUCACGAAGUUUGAUAGCUUCCUGCAGAAGCUUGAUCAGAACAAGCUGGAUCAGUUGAUCCACCAGAAGCGUCGCACUCAUGCUCGCAGACAGGAGAAGAGAUGGAGCCAAAUGGAUGAUUCACUUGAAGUCUCCCUCAGCAUUUGAGCUCGCCAUAGUCCGGUCAUGCAUGGAUUCCGCAAAUUCAGUGUUUCCGCCUCCACAUCUACCUUGAGUCUCCAAUGACCCUUUUAAAUUUGCCUUUCCAAGAAAAAGAGGUUUUUGAAAGAAAGCACUCUUUUUUGCAUAUGUCACGAAAUGUUCCUUUUUUGUUUGUGCCCUGUCAGAUCCUCCUUAGACAGUGUCCUGAGACCUUUUUUCGGCGUCCAAAACGCGUCUUUUUGCGUCCAAAAGGCGUCUUUAAGCGUCCGUGCCGGACGCGUCCGGAUGAAGAUUCACUCUGCACCUUUUUUUGAGUCCUCAUCUCUAAAAACGCGUUUUUCGAGCAAAAACGCAAAAAUAUUAGACCAAAAACAAAAACGCAGAAAAAAAAAGGUCUUUGGAGACUCAAGGUA